AUGAGUUCUAAGAUAUGGAAAAUUAUAAUGAAAGAUGAUUUACCCAAAUUUGAACAAAUUUUAAAAGAAGAAGAUGUAAAUUUAAACGAAUAUAACAAAGAAGGGUUGACUUUGUUAUUAUAUGGCAUUGAAAAGGGGAGCAUUGAAUGUUGCAAUUAUUUAAUAAAUGAUCAAAAUGUAAAUAUAUUUUUAAAAGAUAAAAAGACCAAAGAAAAUGCAUUGAUGAAAUGUAUGGUUAUUGGACACGAUAUAAUAAAUAUAAGUAAGCUAUUAAUUGAAAAAAAUAUUAAUGUGAAUGAAAAAAACAGAGAUGGGAAAACUAGUUUGCAUAUAGCUUGCGAACAUAAUUAUUUAAAAGGCAUUGAAUUGUUAUUAAAAAAUAAAGCUGAUAUAAAUGCAAUAGAUAUCCAAAAUAAUACACCAUUAAUAACAUCCAUCAAAAGAAACAAUGAGGAGGCUGCUCGAUUACUAAUUGAAAAGAAUGCAGAUAUUAAUGUAAAGGACAAAAAUAUGAAUUCAGUUUUACAUAUUUGUGCUAAAGAACAUUUAUGUAAUGUAGCUCAAUUAAUACUAGAAACAAAAAAAGUAGAUAUAAAAAAUUGUAUAAAUAAAGAAAAUAAUUCGCCUUUACAUAUCGCAGCUAAAGAAAACUUGAAAAAUUUAUGUGAUUUAUUUUUAAAAUACAAUUUUGACGAAACAUUAAAAAAUAAUAAUAAUGAAACAUAUAAUGAUAUUUUAAAAAAACAUGAAGAAAUUGCUUCCCAUAAAAAUGAAGAAAAAGAAAAAGUAUAUAAAGAAAAAGAAUUACGAAAAAGAAAAAAUUAUGAACAGGAAAUGUUAAAAACGGACGUAUCUAAUUUUUUAAAAUUAUAUAAUUUAGAAAGUUUAGCUCCCAAAUUUUACAAGCACAAUUACAUAUAUGUUGAUCAAGCUUUCUUACAAAUUCAAACUAUCGCACUAAAAAAAAUGAACAUAAGUAAAGACGAAAGGAAAUUAUUUUACGAGGCUAUUGAUAAAUAUUAUGAACAAAAUGAAAAAGAGAAAAAUGAAAGAGAUUUGGAAUAUCAGCGACUGUUAGAAGAGCAAAAAAAAACGAAAAUGUUAAAAUACGUGGCUCAUGUCGUAUUGCUUAUAUUCAUUUUUCUAUUUAUAUAUAGUAUAUUUAUAUCGAUAAAACGACGUAGGCAAAUAUUUUUUUAG